AGCAUACAAUCUUCGUAUUGCUUAGUACAUACAUGGCAGUAACAAAUGGUGAAGAGAGUGCAGCAAUGCAGCUCUUGUAGGAAUCUUUUUGGAGCAAAUAAUCCUACAAGCAUAGUUUCUUCCAGAGUUCACAAAGGACCACUGAACCAAAAGAUGAACAGUGCCAUUGCCACCAAGCUAGUGGAAACCACAAACCGAAAGCAACAAUGCAGGUAAGAGAAGCAGCUGAAGAUGUGGGCAUGACAUCAAGAUCGUUUACGACUUUUCAUGGUAAAAAAAAAAAUCUUUUCCGAACUUUCGAUUGCCAAUAUCGAGAAUCGACCAUUGGGCUAGUUCCUAUACAAGACGAUAUCCAAGGGUGGCUGAACGAAUUUCGAUUUCGGCAUGGCACAUAUAUAAUAAUACAAAUCAAAUACUGGUCAGGAACAAACACUGGACGAACUCACCAGACUCGAUUCGAUCCAAGACAGCCGGAAAAUCUGCGUCCUCGUUAAGAGGAGAGAAGAAAGAGAUGAUGCCGGAGCCGGAGGGGAUGCGAGAGGUGGGUACUGGGGAGGACAAACUGCUGGCGUGAGAUAUCGUAACCGCCUUCCGACCACCGAACCAGCAAUCCACGGGGCUCAGGCUCAGGCUCAGGUUCAGGCUCACUCACGUCCGCUCUUGCCCCGUGCCUUCCACGAACGCGCGCAUCCACACCGCGUUUAUGUCGGACGCCGCCGCGGCCAUCCGCCGACUCCUCGUCGCCGGCGUCCGCCCCAGCACCCACCUGCCGCCGCUCACCGUCAAGCUCCUCCACGCCCGCGUCCUCCGCCUGGACAUCCUCGCCGACCUAUCCCUGCUCCUCCUCCGCGCCACUACCUCCUCCGGCCUGCACCUCCACGCGCUCCGUCUCCACGCCCUCCUCCCCGAGCCCUCCCACCUCACCUUCCCGUUCGCACUCAAGUCCGCCUCGCGCCUCCCCUUCCCGCUCCCCGUCGGCGCGCAGCUCCACGCGCGCUCGCUCAAGCUCCCCUCCCACUCCAACCCGCACGUGCUCACCUCGCUCCUCGGCCUCUACGCGAAAUGCGGCCGCUUGCACGACGCGCAGAGGGCGUUCGACGAAAUGCCCCACCCCAGCACCGUCUCCUGGACCGCGCUCAUCGCCGCGUACAUGGACGCGGGGCACGCUCUCGAAGCCAUUGGGGUCGCCAGGAGGGCGUUCGCGAGCGGCAUGCGCCCCGACAGCUUCACGGCGGUGCGGGUGCUCACCGCGUGCGCCCGCGUCGCAGAUCUGGAGACCGGGGAGGCCGUGUGGGCGGCGGCGCGGCAGGAGGAGGGGGUCGCGGAGAGCGUGUUCGUGGCGACUGCGGCGUUGGACCUGUACGUCAAGUGCGGGGAGAUGGAGAAGGCUAGAUCAGUGUUUGACGAGAUGAAGAACAGGGAUGCGGUGGCCUGGGGCGCGAUGGUCGGAGGGUACGCCUCCAACGGACAUCCUCGGGAGGCUCUGGACCUUUUCUUCGCGAUGCAGAUGGAGGGAGCGAAGCCGGAUUGUUACACGGUGGUCGGGGCGCUCUCAGCGUGCACGAGGUUAGGUGCGUUGGAUUUGGGACGGCAGGCGGUUGGAAUGGUGCACUGGGAUGAGGUCCUUGGCAACCCAGUCCUGGGUACUGCACUGAUCGAUAUGUAUGCCAAGUGUGGGAGCACAAGUGAGGCGUGGAUGGUGUUCCAGCAGAUGUUGGAGAGGGACAUCAUUGUCUGGAAUGCGAUGAUCCUGGGGCUUGGCAUGACUGGCCACGAGAAGAUUGCAUUUGCGCUUGUUGGUCAGAUGAAGAAGUCGGGUGUGAAGCUGAAUGAUAAUACCUUCAUUGGAUUGCUCUGCAGCUGCACACAUACUGGCCUUGUAAAUGAUGGGCGGCAGUACUUUCAUAACAUGACUCAUGUAUACCGUAUAAGCCCUAGGAUUGAGCAUUAUGGUUGUAUGGUUGACCUAUUCAGUCGUGCGGGAUUGCUGGAAGAGGCUCAUCAGCUGAUUGGUGACAUGCCAAUGCUGGCAAAUGCCGUUGUAUGGGGAGCACUCCUCGGUGGUUGCAAGAUCCACCGGAAUGCUGACCUUGCUGAACAUGCGUUGAAGCAGCUCAUCCGACUGGAGCCAUGGAAUUCUGGGAACUAUGUCAUGCUUUCUAACAUAUACUCGAACAGUGGAAGAUGGGAAGAUGCUGCAAAGCUUAGGUUGGAAAUGAAGGCAAAGGGGAUUGAGAAGGUCCCUGCAUCUAGCUGGGUUGAGCUUGAUGGUAAGGUCCACAAGUUCUAUGUUGGGGACGAUUCACAUCCUCUCUCAGAUAAGAUUUAUGCAAAGCUUGAUGAAUUGGGCAUGGAAAUGAAGGCCAUGGGGUAUGAACCCACUACUGAGGUGGUGAUGUUUGAUGUCGAAAAUGAGGAGAAGGAAAACACACUAGUGCAUCACAGCGAGAAGAUUGCCAUCGCAUUCAGUCUCAUCACUACUGAACCAGGAGAGACCAUUAGGGUCACCAAAAACCUCCGAGUUUGCACUGACUGCCACUCUGCCAUCAAGCUCAUAUCGAGGAUAACCUGUCGUGAAAUUGUUGUACGAGAUAACAAUAGAUUCCAUUGCUUUAGAGAUGGUCAUUGUUCUUGCAAUGACUACUGGUAGUAGACCUACAUGUUGCAGUUGCGAGCGGCAUGGAGAGCUGGAAGCAUGUCCAGUCCAUUUUUGUUUGAUGUAAAACUUUUAUCACCUAGAAUUUUGACCGGGCAUAGAAGAGGCAGAGUAUUAGGCGUUUGGAUGUCAGUUCCUUUCCCAGUGUAUAAUUUCUGCUAGAGUUUUAUCUGUGUCUUGCAGCCCUCCGGCAUUCUGAAAGAUCUGGAUACAGUGAUACACGGCAGCGGUGGUAUAGAUAUAUGCAAGUUCUGAGAAGACAAUUGUUCUGCUGACAUACACAUUCUUGCUUCCUUGGCAGCCAGUAAAAAACACCGGCGUGUUCGGCUGGCUACAAGCCGACACUGUUGCAGCUGUUUGGAUUGCUGCAGCUGCAAUCCAUAGAGAGAAAAAUACUGUAGAAGCCGCAGCCGCAGCCGGAUUGCAGCCGCAGCAAGCCGCAGCGAACAAGCUGCACAUCUGAAACUCUUUGUCAUGUUGCGGCAUCUGGCUCUGGACUGGAAACAGUUUGACUUGUUUUUUUUUUGUAAUAACGUUUAUCUGUGAAUUCUAGCUCAAAGUUCUGAGGCUGCAA